UGUUCUUAUAAUUAGGAUCCAAACAAUUCCAUAAGUUCGUUUGAUCCUUGUAUAGCUCCACAAACUUAAUAUUUUGAUCGGAUGUCCACCUGUCCGCCAUUUUGACGCCGAAACAAGAAACACUGCACCUGGGGUGGACCCGAGCGUACAAGCUACUGUCAUUUCGCAAAAUCGUGCGAGUUGAUGGGUUGAUUACACCUAACGAGUACAGUGGCGAGUCAGUGUCCUCGGCCGAGUGCUCGGUUGGUAUAAACACUUUAACGAGUGCUCGGCCGAGUGCUCGGUCGAGCAUAGAGGCGAGAGAGUCACUAGAAUCCCAAUCUGUUUACUAGGCCGAGUACCCACCUCCCCGCUUCAUUCUUCUGCCCCCGCAGCGACUCGCUGUCCCGCUCGGCACGCGUGAACACGCACUCGCUUGUCACUCGGUCACUCGACACUCGGUCGUUCGUCACCAAGCAGUGUGCGUGUUUAUGUUUUUGUUUUCAAAAUUAUUAUCCUAAUUUCAAUUAAAAUGGCCGCUAAUAACAAAUGGAGCUUGGAAACAACGAUAAAAUUUAUUCAGUGUUACAAAAUACAUGAAUGUUUGUGGAAUUUUUCAUCACCCGAUUACAAAAACAAGGACAAGCGUAAUGCAGCACUAAUUGCAAUAGUAAAUGAGAUGAACAUCAACGACUUUGGUGUCACAGAGGUGAAGAACAAAAUCAAAAAUUUAAGAUCAACUUACAGCCAAGAAUUGAAAAAAAUUGAAGACUCAAAGAAAUCGGGAGCUGGAAUAAAUAAUCUUUAUGUCUCAAAUAUAAAAUGGCUCAAGGAAAUGGAGGAGGUAUUCAUGAAUGAUCUGAAAAGAAAGACGUACGAGAAUAUUCAAUCGGUGUCUCAAAUUCACGGUCAUCAAAAUGCUGAGCAACAACAAAGUGAUUUACAAUGCGUAGCCUCUUCUGAACAAGCAAAUCGUUCACAAUCUACAGUCACUGAUGCCAAUGCUACAAAUAAUACAUCUACUGGCACUUCUGCUACUCCUUCACGACCAAAAAAGAGGCCUAGAGAAAUUGUAAAAGCCAUUAAUGAUUUAAAGACGAUGCACGAUAAAGUAUUUAAAGAAGAAGAAGAAACACCAUUCGACUUAUUUGGUAAAAGUGUUGCAAUGCAAUUAAAAACAAUGUCAGUGGAAAAUGCGUUAAGGGCACAACAGAAAAUUCAAUGCAUUUUAACCGACAUUGGGAUAACUGAUUAUAGGGAGAGAACAGCUUCAUCAAUCUCUACCUACGAGUCAGUUGCGACUCCAGCAUCUACUUAUUCAAGUUACGAUGAAACGCUGACGGCCGGCACAUAUGAAGUUGGUACUGAAGAUAGUAAUGCUGUUUAUUCUUAUAUUAUCCAAGAACCAGAAGCAUCAACAGAAAUUACUGCCACGGAUGAUCUCAUUCACUCAGCUAUGCAGGCUGCUUCUGUUAGUAGUAAUAGGUCUGAAUAGUUUUAAGUACUUGUGUAGAUACUGAUUUUUAUUAACAAUAAACCGGAAUUAAGGUAAA